GCAGCGCUGUACGUUAUGUGAAUGGAACACCCAGUGGCAUGAUGGCAUUAUUCAGGCUGCUGCUGCUGCUGCUGAUUACUGGCUGCAUCAUCUGCUGCCGGGGUUAUUAUGUACGGCUCGCAUCACGGGGCUCCUCAGUGAACUUUCCACUCAGCACUUUUAUUUUGGAUUUGUGGAAUCGUCACGGGAAACUGGCGUGAGAUCCGUGGACAGGAGAAAAUGAAGUCUUCCAGGAAGUAGACAGAUACUUGUCCUGUUCCUAUCACUCCAUCUUGUGCGAGACUAGCACACUGACAUCACCACGAGGAUAUAGCUCACGUACAAAAGACAUGUCAAUAGGUCUAAAGCAAGUAUUUAACAAGGACAAGACAUUUAGGCCUAAAAGGAAAUUUGACCCCGGCACACAAAGGUUUGAAUUACAUAAACGUGCCCAAGCUUCUUUGACUUCUGGAGUUGAUCUGAAAGCCACAGUCCAUCUUCCCAAUGGAGAAGACCUCAAUGACUGGGUAGCUGUUCAUGUGGUGGACUUUUUCAAUAGGAUUAACCUAAUUUACGGUACUAUGUGUGACUUCUGCACUGAGAGGACAUGUCCUGUUAUGUCUGGAGGUCCAAAAUAUGAGUAUAGAUGGCAAGAUGACAUGAAAUACAAGAAACCCACUGCCUUACCAGCACCUCAGUACAUGAACCUGCUCAUGGACUGGAUUGAGGUUCAAAUUAACAAUGAAGAUAUUUUCCCUACAAGUGUGGGAGUCCCUUUCCCAAAGAACUUCCUUCAGAUCUGUAAGAAGAUCCUGUGCAGGCUAUUCCGUGUGUUUGUCCAUGUAUACAUCCAUCACUUUGACCGCAUCAUUAUCAUGGGAGCAGAAGCACAUGUCAAUACCUGCUACAAGCACUUUUACUACUUUGUGACAGAGCUGAAUCUGAUAGAUCGCAAGGAACUAGAACCCUUGAAAGAGAUGACAACACGAAUGUGUCAGUGAAGGAAUGCACCCUGAAGAUCAAAGGCAACAGCAAUAUCUUUCUGGUCAUGUCCGUUUUACCCAUGGAGAAGACAUGAAUGUGUGUGACUAACCACCUGGACCCUUAAGCGGACAGUUUCUUUGUGUUUGGGAUCUGUUCUUGCCCAGGCUCUGACAUUGCUGCUAGCACAAUCCUGAGGAGAGUGUAACUGGAGAUGAGCCAAGCGCAAGUCUCUUUAUGGCAUAUUGUAUUAAGACGCAUAUUGUAUUAAGACACAUUCAAAGAGAUAAACAGUCCUAAUACGUUUCUGCAUAGCAUCACUGGAUUCAGCUUUUUGUCAGAUACUCUUAUAUUUUUUAAGUGACUGAUUUGUACUAAUGCUAAAUCAAAAUUGUCCUCUAUAUUUUCUACAGAGCUUCUUUUUCACUGCACCUUGUACUUGAUAUCAUCACAUUACUUUUGGUUGACUGUUUAUGUAAAUCCACAUGCACAUACUCAGAUUCGUGACUUUGUACAGUAUAACAUGUGCCCCUACAGGUGGGAAGUUAAUUGAUGUAUGAUGGAGACAGAAAAACAAAUUGUAAUAUAAGGUAAAAUAAAGAGGGGCCAAAUAUAAAAUAGAUGGGACCAAAUAAUAUUGGUGUUUUGGGCUAUGAAAUAGGCACAUAUCAGGUUUGACUGCAUAGUAUUAUUUUCCUGUAGCUAACUGGUAUUAGUUGUGUGUCCAAUCCACUGGCAAUACAGUUGGAAAUAUUCUGCCAAAUGCAGUAAUGAUUCUAUUUGUUAAGUCACACAUGUGGCUGGGCAAAUACGUGUUCUGAUAAGGAGCCAUCACUGUUUGUCAUGUCUUGUCAAUUUUAAGGUGUGUCAUACCCCUCAAGCUAGGGUUUAUGGAUAGCAUGUGCACCUUAGCCCAACUAAUAUUCUCUCUAUUAGAGAUCUAUUAGAAAGUAACCCUGUGCACCAGCAUUACCUUCCCCCACCAUCAGAAUAGUCAUGGAAUUACAUUUUAUCUGGCAGUUCCCAUUAUUAGACAUACAUUUAUAUCCUUUGCCAGCUUUAGGGUUUUAUUUGUGAAUUUGAGCAAUGAUAUAACUUAUGGGGCCCAUACCAAUGUGUCCACUUACAUCUAGCCUACUGGCCCGUUAAACAGCCCCUCUAGUCACGCCGUGCAGUGGCAUGACUUGGUAACGCAGAGCAUAUUUUUGUGCGAUUUUUUUCAUUAAAAUGUGUCUUAUUUGCAAAAUAAUGCGAUUAAAAUGCUGAUUAAAAUGAUAUGCAGCAUGCCUAUAUUAUGUGUAAUAUAGUAUUUUGUGUACAGAUAUAGCAGCGGUCACACACAGAAUAUAGGAAUAUAGGCAUGCCGCAUAUCAUUUUAAUCAACAGAGUCUGCUUGUGCGUCUUAGUUAUAUAGGGAUGCGAAUGAGACGCAUUUAGCCAAAAAAGAUGCACAAUGUUAACAGAGUUGCAUGGGACCUGUCAGCAGGUAUUUCCCACAAGAUGUAUGAGGACACAUCUGUACAUUAGGCAUCUAUCAGGGCAAUUACUACUUCUGCUCAUACCUGAGUCAGGUCAUAAACAAAAUCCGACAUGUUGGAAAUCCUUAAUUCGCUGGUUCUGACCCAAAAAAUGAUUGGAAUCUGCGAGAUGGGGGAUUUUUGACAUGUCAGUUUAUGCUUAUUCUCCGAGAAAUCGCAAAUCAUCGGAGUCUGCCGAUCAUUGGAUUGGAUCAACAUCGGGGAAUCAGAAAAUUGCUGGUAGAGAUGUGCGAAUUAGUUCUCCAGAAAUCCUAAUCCACUUGAAUUUUGUGGAUAUGAACCAAAACCUGGUCCCGAUCUCCUGAGGGGACUCAGGUCGGGUCUUCCUGCUGUUCAGAAUUCAGAUUUUAAAUUGCAAAAAUUACAUGAUUUUUGGAUGUUUUUAUCGAUUUUUUUUAUCAAUGAUUAUCAAUUUUUUUCAUUGAUUUUUAACCAAAACAAAAACCCGAAUCCAAACCAAAAUACUUAAGGGUAGUUUUGGCAAAACCAAAACAUGAUGAUGAAUUAGAGAUAAAACCACAACACGGGAGUUUCCACACAUCUCUAAUGUAUGGCCCGCUUAAGACCGUCAUGGUAUGUCAGAAAUGUAUUGAUAUGUAGCUUCUACAUUCACUUUGUAUUUUACCAGAACAAGUGGUAGCAGGCUCUGAAAUAGUGCAACAUGCACAAAACAUUGCUAAUACAUUUUAACUGUAUAUUAAUAUGUGUGUAUAGUAAGAAUAAGUGAGAGUUCAGAUGAGCGGUAAUAGCGGAUUCAGUAUGAUAUCCCGGCGAUCAGGAGACCGACGCCGGGAUCCCGACAGUCGCGAUACCGGCGGUGAGCGCAGCGUGUACCUUUGCGGGCUCGCUGCGCCCGCCAUGCUUUAGACCAGUGGUGACAGGGUUGUAUUCCCCUUCGGGUGGUGGCAUAGAACACCACCCAAAGAGGAAUGCAGUCGGGUGUCGGGAUUCCGGCGUCGGUAUCCUGACAGCUGACAUAAUGAAUGCCUCCUGUAAUAGCUACUCAGGUUAAACCAUUGUCUUCCAAGCACCAUUAUCUAUGCUGCGCUAUCAUAUGGCAACAGAACAAAAAUAAAUCUGCCUUCUGAAUAAACAAAA